AGUACACAAGCCUUCCUGCAGUUUCUUCCCUGUUAUCAUCUCUAUUGUCUUUGCGUACAAUGGAACUGAUCUUCAGCGUUUUUAUUACAAUUUUGUACGUCCUCACACGAGGAGCAAGCGGUGCAACAAAUUUAUUUAAUGUGAUGGAUUAUGGAGCAGUUGGAGACGGGAAAACCGAUGAUUCUGCUGCCUUUUCCAAAGCAUGGAAAUCUACCUGCAAUUCUCCUUCAAGAAAUCCAAUCCUCGUUAUACCAGCGUCGAAGAUAUUCUUGCUGAAGCCUGUCACUUUCAGCGGUCCCUGCAAGUCCACUUCUAUCCAUGUAUUGAUGUCAGGAAACAUCGUUGCACCCGAUUCCAAAAGCGCAUGGAAAGGUUAUCACCUUGACAUGUGGCUUGCCUUCACUAAUGUAAAUGGACUUACCAUCAUUGGAUCUGGCACAAUUAAUGGCCGAGGGGCUAUAUGGUGGUCAGAGUGUAGUUCGUAUAGGGUUCCAGAGGGUGGAACCUGCAAAGGACCAACAGCACUGACUUUCUAUAGGUGCAAUGGGCUUGUGCUCAAGGGAACAAAACAUAUUAAUAGCCAAAGAAACCACAUUGCUAUAUUCAAUUGCAAAGAUGUUACUUUCUCUAACCUGCAUAUAAGUGCCCCAAAAACAAGCCCUAACACUGACGGUAUCGACAUAGCCAGUUCCAGCAACGUUCGGAUACUGAAUUCUUUUAUCGGCACUGGGGAUGAUUGCAUAGCUAUUAGCUCAGGUUCAUCCCACAUCAAUAUUACUGGCAUUGCAUGCGGCCCUGGGCAUGGCAUCAGCGUUGGAUCAUUGGGCGCUCAUGGAGGGAACGACACAGUGGAGGAAGUGCAUGUGCGAAAUUGUACUUUCAAUGAAACUAUGACAGGAGUUAGAAUUAAGACAUGGCAGGGAGGCGUUGGAUAUGCAAGGAAGAUCUUAUUCGAGAAAAUCAAGUUCAUCCGAGCUGAUAACCCUAUUAUUAUCGACCAGUACUAUUGUCCCGGUGGUCAUUGCAAAAACGAGACAUCGGGCAUUAAGAUCAGCGACGUCUCGUAUAGAUACAUCACUGGAACAUCAACCACAGACAAGGUGAUCAAUUUGAGCUGCGACCAGAAUGUUGGUUGCACGAACAUUCAGCUUUAUUAUGUCCACAUAAUAUCUACAGUUCCAGGGAAGAAGGCCUACUCCUUCAGCUUCGACGCUCAUGGAAACUGCACCCAUACCAAACCUGUUGUGAAGGGACUGCAACCUUAACCAGGAGAAGAAGGUGGCUACUUCAAAAAUGAUGGAUCAAGGAUUUGUAUGGUUAUAUCAAAACUUUGACAUUAAUUUAUGUUUGUCUUAUGUAAUUCUAGUUCUGCCUAUUUAAUAAAACAUCUACUCAGUCUAUUCCAACUA